GGCCCGCCAUCCCUUCCGCCAUCAUUUAGGGUUGCUUGAAGCAUCUUAUUUUCCGUUGGGGUGGUAGUUAGUCGCUCCUUACCCAUUCCCACCUUUCCGCUGCGUUUCCUGCAGCCGCGUUUGGGCGUCAGGCGUCAAGGGCUGCAGUUUUUGCGCUGCGUUCCCUUGCACUCUAAUCGCAGUCACGCUGCGCAUUCCGCACCCUCCGCACGUCUCUUCCGCCCCCGUUCCCCGGCAUACAAGACACUCGCAUUCCAAACGCCAAGCACCCAUCCGCGGUAUUAGAUCACGUUCGUCCUCCAUACGUCUUUAACCAUGUAUCGCGUCGCCAAGGCAUCCUCCGCUCGCCGCGCCUCCCAGCUCCUGUCCCGCUCCCUCUCCCACUCCCCCCGAUCAGCCACGUCAACCGCCCAUUCCGUGCCAUCCCUCCGCCUUUCCGCCGAUGGUUCCCCCUCCGCUCCGCUGUCCCUCCUCCGCACGAUCACCUCCGCCGCGUCCCUGCUGAAGCCCACGCCUUCCCCCACCGCGUCCGCGGGAGCCCCCGCGGCCGCUGCGCAGCCAGCGGCAGAACCCGCUGCUCCGCCGCCUCCCCCGCCGGAUCACAUCGAGGUGUUCGUCGAUGGGAAAGGAUUGUACGUUCCCAAGGGAUCGACGGUGCUGCAGGCCUGCGACGCGGCCGGCAUUGACAUCCCCCGCUUCUGCUACCACCCGCGCCUCUCCAUCGCGGGCAACUGCCGCAUGUGCCUUGUGGAGAUCGAGAAAGCGCCCAAGCCAGUCGCCUCGUGUGCAAUGCCCGCCAUGCCGGGAAUGAAGGUCAAAACCACCACGCCGCUCGUGAAGAAAGCCCGCGAGGGGGUUAUGGAGUUUCUCCUCCUGAACCACCCCCUGGACUGCCCCAUUUGUGACCAAGGCGGCGAGUGCGACCUCCAGGACCAGUCCAUGGAGUUUGGGAGCGAUCGGGGGCGGUUCUACGGGUUCAAGAGGAGUGUGGAGGACAAGAACUUCGGUCCGCUGGUGAAGACGGUGAUGACGCGCUGCAUCCACUGCACCCGGUGCGUGCGCUUCGCGAAGGAGGUGGCCGGAGUGGAGGACCUUGGGGUUACUGGCAGGGGCAGGGACUCGGAAAUCGGGACGUAUGUGGAGCGGAUGCUGACCAGCGAGCUGUCUGGGAACGUGAUCGACCUGUGUCCCGUGGGGGCGCUGACCUCCAAGCCGUUUGCAUUCACGGCGCGCACGUGGGAGCUCAAGGCAACAGAGUCUGUGGACGUGUCGGACGCGGUCGGGGCGGCUAUCCGCGUGGAUAGCCGGGGGGGCGAGGUGAUGCGGAUUCUCCCGAGGCUGAAUGAGGGGGUGAAUGAGGAAUGGCUGACUGAUAAGGGCAGGUUUGCCUAUGACGGGCUUAAGCGUCAGCGCCUCUUUGCCCCCAUGGUGAGGAGUCAGAUCACCGGCCAAUUGGAGGUCGCCAGCUGGCCGGAAGCCCUGGAGGCGGCGGCUAAGGCGCUGGUGGGAGUUAAGGGGGAGGAGGUGCAGGCUGUGGCUGGGCGGUUGGCGGAUGCCGAGGCGCUAGUGGCUCUUAAAGACCUAAUGAAUAGGCUCGGGUGCGAUAAUCUCCGUGCGGACGAUGGUGAUUGGGCGGCGCCGGCGGCUGGAGACGUGGGAGGGGUUGUGGACGCGGACCUGCGCUCGUCCUACGUGGCAAACACGGGAUUGGCCGGCCUGGAGGACGCUGACGUGGCGCUGCUGAUCGGGACGGAUCCGCGGAGCGAAGCACCGCUCCUUAACCUCCGCCUGCGGAAGGCUGUGAUUGGCCGGCGGGCCAAGGUGGCGAGCGUGGGACCGCCCCUGGAUCUGACCUUUCCCAGUGAGGGUCUAGGGCAGGGAGCGGAUGUGGUGGUGGGGAUUGCGGAGGGGAGGCACCCGUUCUGUGGGGCGCUGGCGCGGGCGAAGCGGCCGGCGGUGGUGGUGGGCGCUGGGGUGAUGAGGCGGGCGGACAGGGAGACCGUGAUGGCUGCUGUGCAGACGAUUGUUGAGAAUGCUGGAGUGGUGAAGGACGGGUGGAACGGCUACAACCUCCUGCACCUCACGGCUGGCCGAGUUGCGGCUCUGGAUGUCGGCUUCGUGCCCAGUGCUGAGGCCACCCUCUCCAGCAAGCCCCCCAAGGUGGUGUAUCUUCUGGGCGCGGACGACAUAGCAGAGGCGGACAUCCCCUCAGACGCCUUCGUCAUCUACCAGGGGCACCACGGCGACCGCGGGGCGAGUCGGGCCAAUGUGGUGCUGCCGGGUGCUGCCUACACUGAGAAGGAAGCCACAUAUGUUAAUACGGAGGGGCGAGUGCAGAUGACGCAAGCAGCCGUGCCGACAGUGGGGAGUGCGAGGGACGACUGGAAGAUUGUGCGGGCGGUGUCUGAAGUGGCGGGGGUGACGCUGCCCUAUAGCACUGUGGACCAAGUCAGGGAGAGGCUCAGAGAGGUGGCGCCCCAUCUCGCCCGCAUCGACGAGGUGGAGGCUCCCCUCGCCCUCAGCACAGAAUCCAUGGUGCAUCGGGCGCACGGGUCUGUGCUCCAGGCGCCUUUGGAGCUGCCGGUGCCCAAUUUCUACAUGACGGAUGCCAUCUCGCGGGCAUCAGUCACCAUGGCCAAGUGCACCUCUGCUAGGGCCAAGCAGGCAGCGCAGCCACUCCAUUGAACAAGGCACAAAUGCAGGGGCUUGUAUGAACACGGUUGAACAGGCAGUGAGGGUCAGAGAUGAACAGGAUUAUGCAUGAACUGGAAUGGACAGGUCACAGGAGCCAUGGCAUUUGUUGUGUUUUGUAUAUGGGUCUUGUCGAAAGAUGGUGGGAUAUGAACAGCGUAGUACGGUAAUUAUGUUUUUUUCUACGUGUCGACCAGUGCCUAUUUUUCACGAGUAAGGGCGAAUUCCUAUGAAGUAGGUUUCUGAUCCUGCCGUUUUACUGCAUGCGGAUCAUCAAUUCUGUCAAGCGAUCGCAAGUGAAUUUCGCGUGGGAACCU